AUCAGUUAGUUGAUCGAUAGCAUUCGGGUGGGCAGGACAUUUGCCGUACGAUUACAAUCGCGUCGAAAGUUCUCGGUUUCGGUUUUUCAAUAUGGCUAAAGACGAUUCGCCAGAACCAGCUACAAGCAGCACGUUUAGCCUUACAAUCCCUCGGAUUAACGUUCGACGAACGUCCAGCGACACCCAGCUGGAUAAGGUCCAGAUCAAAUCGGCCUCGGUCUACAACAUUCACGGUCUGAGCGGCUCACAACACUCGCUCAGUGUGCCUCCGAUUCACAAGGAUGUCGUUGGCUAUCGGGGCAGCAACGAGUUUAUCUUAACGGACGAUAAACAGUCAACGAUGGAUCAGAUCAAAUCCAUCGGUCCUUGGUUCCGGCGCAAGUGCAAGAACAUGUGCCGGCGCAAGAUCCUUUACAAACGAGUUCCGGUACUAAACUGGCUGCCCAAGUACAACAUGGACGACGCAGUGGGAGAUCUCGUGGCGGGUAUUACCGUUGGUCUCACUGUCAUCCCGCAAGCGCUCGCCUACAGUAACAUUGCCGGUUUACCUGCCGCGUACGGUCUGUACGGUUCCUUCGUUGGUUGCUUCGUCUAUAUCCUGCUCGGCUCGUGCAAGGACGUCCCGAUGGGACCCACGGCAAUUGCAUCACUCCUCACCUUCCAGGCUACCGAUGGUGUAUGGCAGCGGGCCGUACUGUUGUGCUUCCUGUCCGGAAUUAUCGAGCUACUGAUGGGACUUUUUGGACUUGGCUUCCUCAUCGAUUUUGUAUCCGGUCCCGUGAGCUCCGGGUUCACUUCUGCCGUUUCGUUGAUCAUCCUUAGCUCCCAGGUGAAAGAUCUGCUGGGAAUUGUCGCCAAAGGAAACACGUUCAUCGAGCAAUGGUCAUCCAUUAUCGAUGACAUACACAACACCCAGGUCGGGGAUGCGCUGAUGGGUUUCAUCUGUAUUGUGGUGCUUCUACUGAUGCGACUCUUGCCACGCAUUAAGGUUGGACCUCCGGAUGCUUGCGAUCAAUCCGUGGUGCAAAAGAUAAUCAAUAAGUCUCUGUGGCUUAUCGGUACGGCACGAAAUGCAAUCAUUGUGGUUGUGUGCGGUGGUAUCGGUGCUGCAUUCUACGAGAACGGAAAGGAACCAUUCCGCAUGAUUGGAGACGUACCGAGUGGUCUGCCAAGUGUACAGGCACCACCGUUUUCUGUACCGGAGAUGAAGGAUGCGAAUGGAACGAUCAUACAAGAGUACGAGAGCUUCGGAGAUAUGCUGCAAGGACUUGGAUCAAUGCUCAUCGUCAUACCGUUGAUUGCGCUCCUGGAAAACAUUGCCAUCUGCAAGGCUUUCGCCGAUGGAAAGCCUGUAGAUGCCACACAAGAACUCAUUGCUAUCGGUGUGUCCAACAUUGCGAACUCCUUCGUUCAAGGAUAUCCCGGUACGGGUGCCCUUUCGCGUGGCGCAGUCAACAAUGCCAGCGGAGUGCGCACACCGUUCGGUGGACUUUACACCGGACUACUUGUCAUCCUUGCCCUGCUGUUCUUCACACCAUACUUUUUCUACAUCCCUCGGGCAGCCCUAGCAGCAAUCAUUAUUGCAGCCGUUAUCUUCAUGAUUGAAGUGCGUGUCGUAAAGCCGAUGUGGAGAAGCAAGAAAACGGAUCUUAUCCCAGGAAUUGCCACCUUCAUCGCCUGUCUUGCACUACCGCUCGAGUACGGUAUUCUGGUCGGUAUUGGGUUGAACAUACUGUUCAUCCUGUACCAUGCCGCACGGCCAAAGAUUCACAUGGAUCAAGCCGUUACACCGUGCGGAGUAAAGUAUCUCAUGCUAACACCUGACCGCUGCCUCAUCUUCCCCUCGGUCGACUACGUCCGUAACCUGAUCAACAAGCACGGUCUCAAGAGCCAGAUUCCGGUCGUAAUCGACUGUACGCACAUUUACGGUGCAGAUUUUACAGCGGCCCAAGUUAUCGACACACUCAUCAAAGACUUUAAGAGUCGAAACCAACUGCUGCUAUUCCUGAACCUUAAACCCUCAGUUGGAAAUGUGUUUGAAGGCGCUGAUCUCGAGUAUCGUGUGUUCUACGACUUUGAGCAGCUGGACAAAGCGAUUCAAGAGUGUCGUCGAAAGAGCAUCCCGGCUUGAUGGGUUGACCAUAGCACUGUUCCUGAGCAUAUACAUUGAGACUCUUACAAAAAGACACAAGUGAUCUGUACAUUUUAGCGAUAAAGACAACCCGAACGCAUGACGGCGUUUGUUUCUAGUACUAUUUCUUAGGUUAAUGCACCAGUUCCUGUCGAGUGUCAUACCUACGU